GAAACCCUUCAAAGAUAAAAACACACUUUCCCCCUCUCCCUCUCAACCUUUUCAACAACCCACGCUCGCCCUUUAUUUCUCUUUCUCACUCUGAUAUACUAGUAUAAAAUUUUCGAUUAAGAAGAUCAGAUUUUGGUGAAGGGAUUAGGGUUAUUUAUCGACACUUCUAGGGUUUUUGAGUUGGUCUUCUUAUUGAUUUAUUGAUUACCGCUACCAGUUUUAAUGAUUUUGGUCCAGUAGCAUCUUCAGUGAUUGUGAUAUGGGUUCUGAUGGAGAUGAUGAAAAGGAUUUAAUAAAGGAAAAUGAAAAUGCAGAUGAUGACUUGGAAACUCAAAGAUUUGAUAGUGAUUCUUCAUUGGAAAUCAGUGAUUUAAAUGGGCUUGAAUUCCAAUCCACAGAGCCAUUUAAUGAUACGAGUACGGCUCCAGUGGAAUUUGAGACACAGGUAUGGGUAGAUGAUGAGACUCAGGAGAUCGUAGAAGAUUGCGAUAACUAUGAUGAGAAUGGGAUUAUGACACAGUUAGUGGUAGAUGAUACGGAGGUACAGGAUUAUGGUGAUGGUGAUGGUGAUGAUGGAGAAUUGUCAGAUAGAACUGAUGUACUGACUGAGGCUGGAGAAUCUGACUGUGAGUCCGAAAGAGGAGUUGGAUUAGGAGAUGAUGAUGCUGUUUAUUUCAAUGAUUCAACAAGUGAACGCUGCAAUUCAGGGCAAAAUGUUUUAACUGCAAUACCUCUGAGCAACGGCACCAAAGAGCCAGAUUGUGGGCUUGUACCAAGUGUUGAUGGAACCAAUGCCAACAGAGCUUCAGUUCUGAAUGGCAGUGAACCCACCUCAUCAGCGGCAAGUGAUGAGGAUGGUGAAAUGGCUGGUAUAGAUGAUCCAUCUUCGGCUGAGGAGGAAAGAAUAGAUGUUGAUAGGGAUUAUGAAGGUGAGAACAUGAAGUUGAAGGAUGAUAUAAGAAAUAGGGAUGCAGUGAGAAAGCUUUUUGCUGAUGAAACACCAUAUAAAAACAGUGGAGCAACAAAUUACUGUGACAGUACCUAUGGAGGAAGAGAUUAUCCACAGUUGGAUGAUGGUCACAAGUUGGCGGAUUUAAGCUAUCUGAACUCCCAAGAACCCGGGGAGCUAUCACAAGCUAAUGCGUUGGACGUUGUGGACAAGUUUCUUUUAAUUAAUAAUGUGGAUUGUUCUCAAGAAGAUAAAGUUUACCUUGAAAAAAUGGUUAAAGAUAAAUCACCUAUUGUCCCAAGUGCAAAGGGCCCUCGGAUUCUGGCACAUAGAAGCAAUACUAAAAGUCCAGUUGCCGGAGUAGGUACCCUUGACUGGGAUGCUAGCCGUGAGGAUGAAGGAGGGGGUGAGUUCUUUAGUAAGAACAAGGAUGUGUUGUUCCCAAGCUGUGGACGCGGACGCGGACGCAAAUCCUUUACACAACCUAGGAUCCCCAGGAGUCUCAAAUCCGGACAGGGAAAGAGCUUGGAUGAUAAGGAACAAGAUUUAAACCUCCGUCAGAAAAUAAUGGGAACAGUUCAUUCAGAUUCAAGGCUAUUGUUGCAAAAGUUGAGAGCAGAUGAUAAGAAUCUACCCCAAAUAAAAGCUAGAAAGAAUCUCUUCCAGGAAUUCGAUGAACAGAUGAAUCUAGAGUCUGCAGAGCAGCAACUAGAAGAAACUAAUAUUGUCAAAGACUCUCGGGGGAUGUGUGAUAUUGCCAUUGACACUCAAAGGGCUGCAGAAGCUAUGGAAGCCUUGGUUUGUGGGUUUCCAAACAGCCAUGCUACUGCUGAUGCUAUUCAAGUUUUAACAAAUUCGGGAGAUGUGAUGGGCAUUACAUCUUACCAAGAGCAUGCGUCCACACGGAAGAGGCUUUCUUCAUCCAAUGUAGAAGGUCUUUUUAAGCAAUCCAAGAGAACAAAGACACAUGAUACCAAAUUAAGUACUGAAAUUCUAACUUCGUCUCAAAUGGGUUCUAAGACUCUUGGGGAGGACUUGAGACAGGAUUUCACAGCAACACCAAAACGAAAGAGGGGUAGGCCGAUAUCCAUCGAAAAACCAAAUACUGGAAUUUCAGUUCCUAUUUCAUCUCGAUUACGUUCUAAGGGAACUAAACUGGAGGCUUUUAGUGGAAGUUCAGCAAUUAAACCAAAACAAAAAAGGGGUUGGCCGAAGUCUGGUGUAAGCUCAAGUACUGGGAAUUCUGCUGCUCUAUGUGAAACCUCUAGCAGGAGAUUGCCAAAAGUGAUUUCUCAGGGAAAAGCAGUGGGAGUAGUUGACAAAUCUAAUUCCAAUGAGGUAGAUAAACACACUAAGUCCCCCCUCAGCGGAAUGAGUUCAUCUACUACACGGCAGUUACUGAAUAAGAAUCCAAGUCCCGUCGCCCGUCGUACCAGGCAAUGUCGAACAAUAGAUGCACUUAUGAAGCCAGAGAACUUACCUGGUGGUUCUGGUGAAAAGAAACAUGAUGAUAUGCCGGUGGCCAACGCUGUUGAGAUAGAGAAAGUAUGCAGUAAAAUGGGAACAUAUACUCUCGAGCCCUCGGUUUAUAAAGGAAGAUGCUCUGAAUCAGGUCGCAACCUAAUUGAUGAUGUUAUAAAGGAUAAGCCAACUCUGCAUGAGCCGCUAGGCCUCGAUUUCUCACAUGAAAGGUCAGCUGAUACCUGUUCGGAAGUAAAUCCGGAGAGCAAACAUAGAGGAAGGAAAAAGAAUGUGAGCAUGUCAGGUCACUUGAAGGAAUCUGGUAACUUGGGUAGUUCGUCCACAGUAGUUGACGGGGUGUUAGAAGUUAAUGGGCCCAUCAGAAGGUCGAGUAGGUUAAGAAAUGAUAUAAGAAGCAGUGCUGUGGAGCUAGAUAUGAAUAAGAAAACACAAUCAUCUAUAUAUGUUCAUCCUUCAUCUUCUUCAGUCAAGAAUUUCAAGGGAAAUUUGGUAGAGCAAGUUGUUGAACCUCUUUGUGCUUACGCUGUGGUUAAUGGCUCUUUAUCUCUGAAUGAUAAAGCUAUUCUUAAAGAUAAUGGCAAAGCUACAGCUUCGAAGAAAUUUGAAAAGGAUGUGAGCAUGAAAGGUCACUUGAAGGAAUCUGGUAACUUGGGUAGUUCGUCCACAGUAGUUGACAGGGCGUUAGAAGUUAAUGGACCCAUCAGAAGGUCGAGUAGGUUAAGAAACGAAAUAAGAAGCGCUGCUGCUGAGCUAGAUAUGAAUAGGACAACACAAUCAUCUAUAUUUGUUCAUCCUUCAUCUUCUUCAGUCAAGAAUUCCAAGGGAAAUUUGGUAGAGCAAUUUGUUGAACCUUUUUGUGCUUACGCUGCUAUUAACGGCUCUUUAUCUGUGAAUGAUAAAGCUAUUCUUAAAGAUGAUGGCAAAGCUACAGCUUCGAAGAAAUUUGAAAAGGAUGUGAGCAUGGAAGGUCACUUGAAGGAAUCUGGUAACUUGGGUAGUUCGUCCACAGUAGUUGACAGGGUGUUGGAAGUUAAUGGGUCAAUCACAAGGUCGGGUAGGUUAAGGAAUCAUAUAAGAAGCACCGCUAUUGAUCUAGAUCUGAAGAGGAAAACACAAGCAUCUGUAUCUGGUCAUCCUUCAUCUUCUUCAGUCAAAAAUUCCAAGGGUAAUUUGAUAAAGCAAGUUGUUGAACCUCUUUGUGCUGACGCUGCUGUUAAUGGCUCUUUAUCUGUGAAUGAUAAAGCUCUUCUUAAAGAUGAUGGCAAAGAUGCAGCUUCAAAGAAAUUUGAAAAGAAAGGGGAUGCCAGUCCUGUAUCAACUCCUAAAGAUGUUGCAGGGGAAAAUGCUGGAUUGUCAACUCCCAAAGUUAUUCCACAUGGCUUACUCUGUGUUACUCCCGAUAAGUGCACAACACCUGCAAAUGUGUCUACCCCAUUAAAUGAGGCAUCACCAAUUUGUUUUGGUAAUGGCUAUCAGAAACUGUCGUGUAAAAGAAGCCUCUCGAAGCCAUCUCUUGCAAGGGAGCUUAAUGAUCUGUAUAUGGAUGCAGUGCAUACUCCUUCAUCCAAAGAUUUGAGGAAAAGGAGAGACAUUGGUAGUAUACAUGUCUUAUUCAGCCACCACUUGGGUAAUGACAUAAUUAAGCAGCAGAAAAAGAUUUUGGCACGACUUGGAGCUUCAGUUGCAUCCUCUUCUUUGGAAGCCACACACUUUGUAGCAGAUAAGUUUGUGCGUACUAGGAAUAUGCUGGAAACGAUUGCUCUUGGUAAACCGGUGGUGACACCUUUGUGGCUUAAGAGCUGUGGACAAGUAAGCUGUUUUACUGAUGAGAGAAAUUAUAUACUUAGGGAUUUGAAGAAGGAAAAGGAGAUUGGUUUCAGUAUGCCAAUAUCUCUGACACGAGCAGGCCAAAGUCCACUAUUGAAGGGUAGAAGAGUCUUUGUUACUGCAAGUGUCAAGCCUAGUCAAGAAUUGGUUGCGAGUUUGGUUAAAGCUGUUCAUGGACAGGCUGUGGAGAGAUUAGGAAGAUCUGCCAUGAAAGAUGAUAGAGUUCUAGAUGAUCUUUUAGUUUUUUCAUGUGAAGAAGAUUAUGAAAUUUGUGUGCCUCUCCUUGAAAAAGGAGUAGCAAUUUACAGUUCAGAGCUUCUUCUGAAUGGGAUUGUUAUGCAGAAGUUGGAAUAUGAGAGGCAUCGUCUUUUCAAUGAUAAUAUAAAGAGGACCCGCUCCUCUAUAUGGAUCAGAAAAGAUGGAGAAAAGUUUCUUCCUGUAACCAAGAGUAAAUAGUUUCCUUAUAUUUUUCUUUUCUUGUAGCAAUUUGUUGUGCUUUCUUCUUCUAACUCCUGUUUCUCCAAUUUGAAUCUUCCUGUUACUUGCUUAGUCUGAAGCUACAUGUGUACAUCAUAUCAUCUAUUGUAAAUGUAUUAAUAAAUGAUUAUUUUCCCCCGA